AAUUUAAAUGGACGCUGAAGUCACCAUCUUUGAUAAAAUCGUAGCAGGCUAGAUAAAAGCAAACAUUGUUUACUAAGAUGAUUUAGUAAUAUUAGUGUUUAUAUUUAGUGUUUAGCAUUUCAUGAUGUAAACCCAUAAGCACCUGUUCAUAUUCUAUUGAUUCCAAAACAAAGAAAUGGAUUAAGUUAAUUAUCAAAAGCUUAAGAACAUAAUAAAGAAAUCUUAGGUCAUUUAUUGUUUACAGUGACAAAAAUAGUAGAAUUAGUAGAUGAACUUAAGAAUGGAUUCAGAAUUGUUAUUAAUGAUGGAGAGAAUGGAGGUUAAAGUGUUUGGCAUUUACAUAUACAUAUAAUUGGAGGUGAAUAAUUAACAUGGCCACCAGGAUCAAGUGGAAACUAAAAGAAAUGAGAAUGAU